AUGUUAAUUUUGAUUUUCCUCUUCUUUCUCCUGAACAUUCCACUUCCCCUGGCCAGGGUCAUUCAUCCCUGGUGUUUGUGGAAAAUGAAACAGAAUGAAGACACGGAUGGAGACUUGAAGACAGGUUGUGUCUUCUUCCCCAAGACAGUGCAGGGGUCAGUGGAGAAAGAGUAUUUCCGGAAUAUUUUGAAUAUACAAACACCAACUGAGAACUACAGGUUUGCUUUGGCAUUAGCUUUUACCCUGGAUGAGAUCAACAGGAACCCUGAUCUAUUACCAAAUAAAUCUUUAGUAUUUAAAUACUAUGAAGAUAAUUGCAUGAGUCUGUCUCAAUUGUACAGUCUCAGUGAAAUUGUGGUACGAGAUCCUGGUUUUUUCCCUAAUUAUUGCUGUAAUGAAGAUAUCAUAUGUCAUGUGACACUUACGGGACCAAACUGGGAAGCAUCUGCAAUACUUGUGGCAUACCUGGACCUCUACAAAUCCCAACAGGUCAUUCAGCUUACGUACGGAUCCUUCCAUCCAAUACUGAGUGAUCAUGAAAAAUUUCCCUAUCUGUAUCAGAUGGCCCCCAAGGACACAUCUCUGGCCUUGGCCAUGGUUGACGUCAUAUUUCACUUCAACUGGAACUGGGUAGGGAUGGUCAUCUCAGACAAUGAUCAGGGCACCCAAUUUCUCUCAUAUUUAAGAAGAAAGUUGGAAAAAAAUACAAUCUGCUUUGCCUUUGUAAAUAUGAUUCCAAUCAACAUGCAGCUAUACAUGUCAAGAGCUGAAGUGUAUUAUAACCGAAUCAAGACAUCAUCCACAAAAGUUGUUAUCAUUUAUGGUAACACAGACAGUACUCUUGCUGUGAGCUUUCGAAUGUGGGAGUCCAGAGGUUUACAGAGAAUAUGGGUCAUCACCUCACAGUGGGCUGUGACUACAAGCAAAAGAGACUUCAUGCUUGACUCAUCACAAAUGACUCUAGCUUUUGCACACCAUCAUGGUAAGGCUACUGGUUUUAAAAAUUUUGUCCAGACAAUGAACCCUCUCAAGUACACAGAUGAAUACCUUGCAAGGCUGGAGUGGAUGAACUUUAACUGUGAAGUCUUCACAUCCAACUGUCAGACACUAAAGAACUACUCAUUGAAUGUGACUAAGGAAUGGCUACUGGUGAGGACUUUUGACAUGGCCUUUACUGAUGACAGUUAUGACAUAUACAAUGCUGUGUAUGCUGUGGUCCAUGCCCUGCAUGAGAUUGAUCUUCAACAAGUAGAUGCUCAGCCGAUGGACAAUGGGAAAGGACAUGGUUCUAGCUGCUGGAAGCUGAACUCAUUUCUGAAGAAGACCCACUUCACUAAUCCUGUUGGGGACAGAGUGAAUAUGAACCAAAAAGAAGAACAACAGGAAGAGUAUGACAUUUUCCAGAUUUGGAAUUCCCCACAUGGAGUUAGAUUUAAGGUGAAGGUAGGAAAGUAUAGCCCAUAUUUUCCACAUGGUCAACAGCUCCAUGUAUAUGAAGACAUCAUAGAGUGGGUCACAGGAAGUAGACAGAUGCCGCCCUCUGUGUGCAGUGCUGAUUGUGGUCCUGGAUUCAGAAAAUUCUGGCAGGAGGGAAUGGCAGUCUGCUGUUUUAAAUGCAGCCCCUGCCCAGAAAAUGAAAUCUCUAAUGAGACAAAUGUGGAUCAGUGUGUGAAGUGCCCAGAGGACCAGUUUGCCAACAUAGAGCAGAAUCAGUGCAUUCACAAAGCUGUGACCUUUCUGAACUAUGAUGACCCACUGGGGAUGACUCUUGCCUUAAUGGCCCUGUGCUUCUCUGCAUUAACUGCUGUGGUUCUUGUGCUCUUUGUCAAGCACCAUGACACUCCCGUUGUGAAGGCCAAUAACCGGAAGCUCAGUUACAUCUUGCUCAUCUCACUCUUCUUUUGUUUCCUCUGCCCUCUGCUCUUCAUUGGCCAUCCAAACUCAGCUACAUGCAUCUUGCAGCAAAUCACAUUUGCAGCUGUAUUCACUAUGGCUGUUUCCACUGUGCUGGCCAAAACAGUUACUGUGCUUCUGGCUUUCAAAGUCACAGCCCCUGGAAGAAGAAUGAGAUACUUCCUGGUUUCAGGAGGCCCUAACUACAUCAUUCCCAUCUGUACUCUCAUCCAAGUUAUUAUCUGUUCAGUCUGGUUGGGAGCUUCUCCUCCCUCUGUUACUGUUGAUGCUCACUCUGAGCAUGGCCACAUCAUCAUUGUCUGCAGCAAGGGUUCAGUCACUGCCUUCUACUGUGUCCUGGGAUACCUGGCCUGCCUGGCUCAGGCAAGCUUCACUGUGGCUUUCUUGUCCAGGAAUCUGCCUACCACAUUCAAUGAAGCCAAGUUGUUGACAUUCAGCAUGCUGUUGUUCUGCUGUGUCUGGAUCACUUUCCUCCCUGUGUACCAUAGUACAAAGGGUAAGGUCAUGGUAGCUGUGGAAAUUCUCUCCAUCUUGGCUUCCAGUGCUGGGAUGCUGGGAUGCAUCUUCGUUCCCAAGUGCUACAUAAUUUUGUUAAAACCAGUGAAAAAUAAAUCUCUUCAAAAUAUCAAGGAAAACUCAUCUUCCAGAACUAGUAUUUCAAUAAUUCUAACUGAAAAAUAUAUAGUUAGGUCAUAUCUACCAAAUAUUGAAUUGUAA